AUCAUAUAGCAAGAGGAGGACCACUCGAUGAAGAUGACUCGCGAUGAGUGCGGCCAUGUUCUGAUUCAGAGAUAGAGCGAAAAGUGGCAAGAACCCGAGGAAGCCGAUAGCCCGGCACAUCUUUAUAAGUGCGAGAUGAAGGAGAAGUCCAAGAAUGCGGCCAAAACGCGACGGGAGAAGGAGAACGGGGAGUUCUAUGAACUGGCCAAACUGCUGCCAUUGCCUUCGGCCAUCACCUCACAGCUGGACAAGGCCUCCAUAAUCAGGCUGACCACGAGCUACCUCAAGAUGAGGGCUGUCUUCCCUGACGGUCUGGGGGAGGCCUGGGGGCAGCCCACCCGGGUCAGCCCUUUGGACAACAUGGCAAAGGAACUGGGAUCUCACUUGCUUCAGACCCUGGACGGCUUUGUGUUUGUCGUGGCCUCCGACGGCAAGAUUAUGUACAUCUCGGAGACUGCCUCUGUUCACCUGGGUUUGUCACAGGUCGAGCUGACGGGCAACAGCAUCUUCGAGUACAUCCACCCGUCGGAUCACGACGAGAUGACCGCUGUGCUCAGCGCGCACCAGCCACUCCACCCCCACGUCCUUCAAGAGUAUGAGCUGGAGCGCUCCUUCUUCCUCAGGAUGAAGUGUGUCCUGGCCAAGCGGAAUGCGGGCCUCACCUGCGGAGGCUACAAGGUGAUCCACUGCAGCGGGUACCUAAAGAUCCGGCAGUAUGUGACAGACAUGGCCCUGUAUGACUCCUGCUACCAGAUCGUGGGCCUGGUGGCGGUGGGCCACUCACUGCCUCCCAGCGGCAUCACCGAGAUCAAGCUGCACAGCAACAUGUUCAUGUUCCGCGCCAGCCUGGACCUCAAGCUCAUCUUCCUGGACUCACGGGUGGCCGAGCUCACCGGCUACGAGCCCCAGGACCUGAUAGAGAAAACGCUGUACCACCAUGUCCACGGCUGCGACGUCUUCCACCUGAGAUACGCCCAUCACCUGUUGCUGGUCAAGGGUCAGGUGACCACCAAGUACUACCGGCUGCUGUCCAAGCACGGGGGCUGGGUGUGGGUGCAGAGCUAUGCCACCAUCGUCCACAACAGCCGCUCGUCGCGUCCUCACUGCAUCGUCAGCGUCAACUACGUCCUCACGGAGAUUGAGUAUAAGGACCUGCAGCUCUCUCAGGAGCAGAGCUGUGCCACCAAGCAGCCAGGUCUCGUGUACAGAAGCCCCCUGGCCUCUUCUCAGGACUCCCGCAAGCAGCUGAAAGCCAAAGCUGUCAAGAUCAAAGCCAAACUCAAGAGCGCCCCCUACCACCAGCCAAACAGUUCUUUCCACCAGGACAAAAUGGAGUGCUCCCCCCAGGCCGGGAGCUGGAAAGAGAGCCCGCCGUACAGCCUGGCCCCCUGCCAGGAGCAGAGCUCCAUGCCGGAGCACGGGGAGGUGCUGUGCGGGCCUCCGUGCGGGCUGGCUUUUCCCUACCCGUAUGGCCACUUUCCCUCAGAACCGACCGCUCUGGCCGGACGGCGGCUGCGGCCGGGCCAGGGCUCACCGUGCCAGGCCAUGCGCCAACUGCUCAGCUCCCUGCAGGCCCACGGUGAUGGGCGCUGGAGCUGCACCGAACCAUGCCCUGCCCGCACCGCCAAGCCACUGCCCAGCCCCACCCUCAGCUCUUCCUCCCACUCGUACUCCGCCACAUACCCAGGGCCCCUCGCAGCCAGGAGAUAUGGGGGUGAAUCGGCGCUUGAGGGCUUUUCCAGCUGCUCAACCUCCAGACCUAACAGCAGGUUUAAGGAAGAGCCAUAUGAACACAACACGCUUGGCCAGGGCAGGCAGGACGCCAGGCUGCACAGCCCCCAGCGGGCCGCCGAAGAGAACGGCAAGUUGCAAUUCAUCCAUAACCCGAAGGAGCACCUGGGCAAAGUGAGCUGCAGCCACUCCAAGACCCCGCAGGGCUUGAGUCACCACUUGCCCAUGCUGGAGCAGAGGCGCAGGUUAUGUGCAGCGGAGGCUCCUUACACCCAUCCGGCAGACCACGGUGCUCCGGAGCAGGCAGAGGGCAAGGGGGAGCCCCGCGGGACGCCAAAGCUGCUGGAACAGGGAGGCGGAGCUGCGGCCGGAGAGCAGCAGCGGAUGUUCAUGGGGAUGGGCUUGCAGGGCCAGGCCCCGUACGUGUCGCUGAACUUCCACCACAUGCUGGCCAAGCACGGAUCCUUCCAGGCGCCGUCGUACACGCUGGCGGGCCACCUGGGGGACGGGUACAGCCACCGUGGCGAGGAGCUCGAGGCAUACGCCUACAGAAACCAGAGUCCCGCCUCGAGUUCAUCGCCCGAGACUCACAGGGAGAUGCCCCAUUACAUCGGCACGUCCGUCAUCAUAACCAACGAGAGGUGACAGCACCCCGCGGGGGCAGACGGGGGAAUACGUCACGGCGCACUCCUCACACCUCAGCCCCAAGGCUCCCCCCGUUGCCAGGAGCUGUGACUGACACGUGGCAACACAUACCUUUCGAACCCGCUGCACAGUGCCUCCUGCGCUUGUCCUUGACUGAAAUUUUAUGCUUGGAAUUAUACAUUGUACUAAUGUCGUACUCCUGUUAGGGGAACAAGCCGUAAUUUCAGGCUUUUUUUGCCUGAAUAUAUUAUAUUUUUGCAGACUAUUUAGCAGCUAAAAUAUAUUAUGCACUCCCCAGAUCCCGGAACUAACAGUCUCUUUUGUAAUACGAAGACAACAAAUAUAAAACAUUCAUUUAAAGCGUUACUCAGUGUGCUAAGGAACAGCAGGGUUAAAAGUUUGUGUAUCUUAACGUCACGCAGUUCCACGGAGCAGAACUACGGAGCAGAACCACACAGCAGAACCACGCGUGCGCUGUACCCGGAUACAGGCCCAUCUGCUAUUUAUAAAUAAAUCUUGAUUUGUCACGUGCAGCAGGAUGAAAAUGGAGCGUUUUUGUUAGUCGGAUUAAUUCCCCGGCAGCGUUCAGGAGGCGUGUCUUCUGCAGUGCGCAUCGCCAUGGCUGGAGAGCUCGGCGUCACCUCGCUGUGCCGCUCCUGAUCCAUCAGUCAAACGGUACUUAAAAUGUACCGCAUCGGUUAAAAAAAAAAAAAAAAAAAAAAAAAAGCGGGGAAAUUUUCUAAGCUACCUAGACCUCCUGAAAAAGUUUUUUUUUAACAGAUGUCUAUCAUCUUUAAAAUAACUCCCAAGUGUAGGACUUGUGAAACACAUUUAAAAAAGUGUUUAAAAAUUUAUAACGGCCAAACUGAACAGGAGUGGGAACGGAGGGCCGAUAAGGAUCGCUGCAGAUGUCAUUGUUGGUGGACUCCCUAAUAAGGCCACGGCUGGAUG